CAUACCACACUUCUCUCCAAAACCCACAUCACUAACUUCUUCUUCCGCCUCUAAAUCUCUGCAUUUCCCUCUACAAUGGCUAAAACCUAUUUCAUUACUUUCAUUAUCAUAACUCGCUUGAUUUCGAUUAUAGGAGAGCCAAGGCCAUGGACCAAUACACUCCCUUCUGAAAUUCUCUCUCUCGAUCUCUCUACCAGGCUUCGUGUUGAUCCUGAUGCCAUUAGAACAGCCUCUAAAGACUUCGGAAACCUAGUUCAUAUUAUUCCAUCGGCAGUUCUUUAUCCUUCCUCCAUUACGGACAUAGUCGACCUCGUAAAGUUCUCGUUUAACAGUACUGUACCUUUCAGUAUAGCAGCGAGAGGCCAUGGCCAUUCCGCGAGAGGUCAAGCCAUGGCGGACAGAGGGGUGGUGGUAGAUAUGGCGGCUUUGAAAAAUCAUGGUGAUGGUGGUGGAAUUAGGGUUUCUUGGAGCCGUGCAUUAGGGUUUUACGCAGAUGUUGGAGGUGAGCAGCUCUGGAUCGAUGUGUUGGGGAGUACACUUGAGCAUGGACUUGCACCAGUUUCAUGGACGGAUUAUCUGUAUCUAACUGUUGGUGGAACUCUCUCUAAUGGCGGAAUCAGUGGCCAGACUUUUCGUUAUGGUCCUCAGAUCAGAAAUGUGUUUGAGAUGGAUGUUAUUACUGGAACAGGAGAGUUUGUGACUUGCUCCAAACACUUGAACUCAGAGCUGUUUUUUGCAGUUUUAGGAGGUCUAGGGCAGUUUGGAAUCAUAACUAGAGCAAGAAUUGUCCUGGAUAAGGCUCCAAACAAAGUGAAAUGGGUCAGAAUGCUUUACAGUGGCUUCUCUGUCUUUACAAGAGACCAAGAAAAACUGAUAUCAACCACAGGACUGGAUUAUGUGGAAGGUUCUCUUAUAGUGCAUCAGAGCUCUCUAAAUAACUGGAGGUCUUCCUUUUUCUCAGUGUCUGAUCACUCCAGAAUAGUUUCUCUAUUAUCCAAACAUGGUAUCAUCUACUGCUUAGAAGUAGUCAAGUACUACGAUCAUCCCAACAAGGAUACCGUGGAUGAGGAACUUGAAUUAUUGCUGAAAGGUUUAAGGUUUCUACCUGGUUUCAUGUUCAAGAAAGAAGCCUCCUUUGUAGAUUUUCUCAAUAGAGUUAGAAGUGGAGAGUUAAAGCUUCAAUCAAAAGGACUAUGGGAUGUUCCUCAUCCAUGGCUCAAUCUCUUCGUACCAAAAUCUGGUAUUCAGUAUUUCAACAAGGCUGUUUUUGUCGAUAUCAUCCAAAGACAGAACAGGACCUCAGGACCCAUGCUUGUCUACCCUACAAACCGAAAAGAGUGGGAUGAUCGCAUGUCUGCAGUUAUACCCGAUGAGGAUACAUUCUACUGUGUAGGUUUCUUGCACUCAGGUGGGUUCAAUAACUGGGAGGUUUUGGAAGAUCAGAACAAUGAAAUAUUACAAGUUUGUGACAAAGCUGGCAUUAAGGCCAAACAGUAUCUUCCACACUAUAGAACCAAGGAAGAUUGGGUAAACCAUUUUGGCCCAAAGUGGACGACUUUUGAAGAGAGGAAAGCUAAGUUUGAUCCAAAAAUGAUAUUGUCUCCUGGACAAGAUAUUUUCAGUUCUGUUUAAACAUGGAUGUGUUUCAAGUAUUAUGUUAUGAAGAUUGAAUUUCUAUGAUUUUCUUAGUUGAUAAAGUAACACUAGUUGGAAUAUAUGAGGAAUGUGUAUAAAUGUAUAGAUAGCAUAGGUUGAUAUAUUGGGACAAAGAAUGUAAGGAAGAAGCUUAUUGAGUUCAUUUCGAAUUGAAGUUUUUUGAGAUUUAAAUUCCC